UGGUGUUGCCGGAGUGAAAUUGGUUCCGGAUAUUUUUAAAAAUGCCGCCUCAGCCCUCCGCAGAUGCUGCCGUGAAACACAUCAAACCUUACUUUUUUUACGGCCACCGGAAACCCACCCAGAACCGCCCUACCGUCCAUGGUGGCCUAUUCUCCAACCGCCAAACCGUUAAUCCCGCCACCAAGACCCGGCAGGCUCCAUAUGAUCCACUCGAAUUUGAGCUUCAGAAUUGGGAUCCGGACUUAAAUUCCCGACCCGCUAGAGACCCAUCUCGGGAGUUCUUCUCCUUGGCAAAGAAUCUCUCCCCCAUUGCUAGGUAUAUCGUCGACUCCUUCAAAAAGCACGGACGGUGGGGUACACAGGUUAUCGAAGAUCUCAAUCGCCUCCGGCGGGUCACUCCCAAACUCGUCACCGAGGUUCUUAGGAUCCCCCAUAUCGAUCCGAAGCUUUCAUCCAAGUUCUUCCACUGGGCUGGUAAAAAAGAUUCUUUCUUUGUCAUUCUCCUUUUUUUCAUUAAAUACAUUAAUACUAAUUCACAAUCCUUCGGUAACAGUUGUUCAUUUUCUUCAUUUAUUUGUGAGUAUUCUUUCCCAGGAAAGCAAAAAGGUUACAGGCAUGACUUUGCUUGCUAUAAUGCCUUUGCUUAUUCUUUGAAUCGAACAAAUCAAUUUCGGGAUGCAGAUACGGUACCCGAGUUAAUGCAUAUGCAGGGGAGGACACCUACAGAGAAACAAUUUGAAAUUUUAAUUAGAAUGCACUCUGAUGCAAAUAGGGGUCUUCGAGUGUACCAUGUGUAUGAGAAAAUGAGGAAAUUCGACAUCAAACCAAGAGUAUUCCUGUAUAAUAGGAUAAUGGAAGCCUUGAUUAAAACAGACCACCUCGAUUUAGGAUUGUCUGUUUAUGAUGACUUCAAGCAGAAUGGACUAGUGGAGGAGAGUGUGACCUUUAUGAUACUGAUAAAGGGUUUAUGUAAGUCUGGCCGAGUUGAUGAAGCAAUUGAGCUUUUGAAUAAAAUGAGGAAAAAUGUAUGCAAACCAGAUGUUUUUGCCUACACAGCAAUGGUAAAGGUUCUUAUUUCUGAGGGAAAUCUGGAUGGUUGUUCUAGGGUUUGGAAGGAAAUGAUGAAGGACAGGGUCGAGCCAGAUGUUAUGGCUUAUGGAACUUUCAUCACAGGAUUGUGCAAAGGAAAUCAGGUGGAGAAAGGGUAUGCGUUGUUUAAGGAGAUGAAGAAGAAGAGACAUUUGAUUGAUAGGGCUAUAUAUGGAUCUCUGAUAGAAGCAUUUGUUAAAACCGAGAAGGUCGGUUGCGCUUGUGAUUUACUCAAAGAUUUGAUAAAUUCUGGUUAUAGGGCCGAUUUAGCUAUAUAUAACUGUCUCAUUGAAGGUCUAUGCAACCUUAAACAUGUUGAUAGGGCUUAUAAACUUUUCAGAGUCACAAUUCAAGAAGAUCUCCAACCUGACUUUUCCACCAUCAACCCUAUUUUGCUGUCUUAUGCAGAAACUAAAAGAAUGAAUGACUUCACCAGUUUGCUUGAUCAAAUGCAGAAACUGGGUUUUUGCAUCAAAGAUGAUCUAUCUAAAUUCUUUUCCAUUAUGGUUAAAAGUUCUGACAAGGUAAUGCCAGCUUGGGAAAUUUUUAAAGAGGUAAAUCCCAAGUAUCAUUGCAGUGUACAAUGCUAUAAUGUUCUAAUGGAGGCACUACAUGAUGUUGGGAAGGCGGAUAAAGCUCUAGAACUUUUCCAAGAAUUAAAAGAUUAUAAAGAGUUUCCAAUUGAUGAUUCAACAAGCUGUAGCAUCGCAAUUCAAUGCUUUGUUGAGAUUGAUGACCUAGAGGAGGCGUGCAAGUGGUAUAACCGGCUAAGAGAAAUUCCCUUGAUUCCUUCCACUAUGGCUUAUGACUCACUAGUAAAGAAACUUUGCAAGAUCGGAGAGAUUAAUGAUGCUAUGAUGCUUAUACGUGACUGUUUGGCGAAUGUCACAAAUGGGCCAAUGGAAUUCAAGUAUACACUUACGAUCAUCCACAUAAGCAAAUCUAAUGAUGCUGGCAAACUGGUUGAAGUUAUAGAUGAAAUGAUUGAACAAGGUUGCCAUCCUAAUGAAAUAACAUACUGUGCUGUUAUUUGUGGGAUGUGCUUGCACGGUACAAUUGAAGAAGCAAGGGAAGUUUUUUCAGUAAUGAGGGGGCGCAAACUUCUUAGUGAAGCGGAGGUUCUGGUUUAUGAUGAGUUACUUAUUGAGCAAAUGAAGAAGAAGACGGCCGAUUUAGUGUUAUGUGGUUUAAAGUUUUUUGGUUUGGAAAAGAAGUUAAAAGCUAAAGGAUGUAAGAUAUUGCUGGAAUGAAAACAUAAAGAAGGUCUGUGUGAACUUGUACUAGCUUUGAUGCAAAUAUUUUCUCCUUCCAAGGAGACUGGGGUAUUUUUGUUAAUGUCAAUGUAUUAUUAUUAUAUGGUAUAAUGACAAAAUAUGUCUAAACUAAAAGUAAUGGACAAAAUAUAACUUUUGAUGCACACGGAGCACAAUGGUAUUUUUGUUUUGAAUACAAGUGGUUUUCUAUUUUAUAUUGUAGCAGUGAACAUUUAGUCAUAUUUAUGUACAUACAUUCUAUCUUAGUAAAAUAAUCAGAAAAAUCCUUUAUAAAUGUCAUCACUGUCAUCAUCAUCAAUUCAUCAUUAUGUACAUACAAUUCAACUCUAACACCUUUUAAUGUCAGGUUGUUUUUCAGCAGUGGUUAACAAUGAUACCAUGAGCAUUAUAAGAACAUGCCAUUGAAAUGGUGUAAGAGAAGAGGACACUUGCUCUCAUUUGCAUUGAAGAUGAAUUGACUUUGUUGUGAUAGACGGUGCUGCCUGGGAAAUACAUCCAGCAGCAUUUUGAUGUAUAUGUACGGUGCCAGGAGUAUUGAUGAAAAAAUAGAGAUAUGGUCGAGGAAGCUGUCUGAUAAUCAUGAUGGCUAAUCAUAUUUGUACCACCUUUAGGAUCAAAGAAGACUAUAGAAUCUGCACUUGGAACGAGAGUUCGUAACUGAGCAAUGCGCCAAUGCCUAUGCACCUUGAGGUGAUGCCCAAUAUAGGGAAUGGUAAGGCUGAUGCUGCUUAGGUCUUCAGGCAUACGCCUUGAGGCGCAAGUAAGCCUUAUGCAAUAUUUUUUGGUGAAUUAAGGUUGGCCCACUUCUUUCCUUCAUUUCCAAUGGAGCCAAAGACUCACUAUAUAAUGGAAUAAAGCAAAAUGGCUCAUCCAACUAUUUGCGCUUCUUAAUUGUGAAGCACUUGUCUAUCAAUGCAAUUUUCGACGCGAUUUUCAUCAUGGGUCAUCCAAAAACAGUCUCUUUGUAAUUUAGUACAGGGGUUAGUCUGCAUACAUCUGACCCCUUCUUACCCCACCGUAGGUGAGAGCCUUCGUGGCUGUGUUGAUGUUCUUGUUGUUGUAAGGUUGACCCAUUCUGUAAAAAUCCAAUUUUUCUUUAAAAGAACGAAAGACGUCUAUGCAAGGUAAGCUCUCAUCUGCUACUUCUCAAUUCUUUGGUUUAGGUCUGCGCCUGGGAAUAAAUUUUAGAAGAGCACUUAGCUCUCAAAUUUGCUUUGCUGAUUGUUCUUUUCUUUACACCUUCUACUCUUAUGGUGGGUGUGAUUAUUUCACUUACAGAGUGAAGAUAGCCUGAGCUUGUAAUUCUUUUACUUUAAUGGCUAUAAUAAUAUAUUUGGUGCACAUUUCUUAAUAAUUUUUAUUCCCAACAAGACUUCAAAUU